UCACGGGCUGUGGUCCACGGGGUCACAAAGCAUCAGACGCGACUGAAGCAACUGAUUCUCAAUUACAGCUCCGGCUCAGGCAACUGUAAACUCUGCCUCAAGACCUCCUCCUGUGUGUCUGGUAGACAUCUCAGACUUCCAUCAUGUCCAAAAUCAAGUUCCCCAUUUCCUCCCUAUCCCAACCUGUUCCUUCCAUAGGCUUCAUCUUAGUGAACGCAGACAUCAUUCUUCUGGCUUUUGGGGUAAAAAUCUUGGCAUUGCACUUUAUUCCUCAUCUUGUCUCCCAUUCUGUCGUAUCCAUCUUUCUUAAAUACACCCAGACUCAGACCACUUCUCGCCUUCUCGGCAGUUCCCAGCUUAGUGCAGGCCGCCGUCACCUUUCGCAUCUUUCCUCCUCCUGCUUCUCCUCUUGCCCUCAUGGUCUGUGCUUCACAUGAGCCCAGUUGUCCUUCUUACAGCCCAAGUCAGAUAAUAUUCAUUCCCCAAAUCAAACCCUUGGUGGUUUCUCUUAGCUCGAAGCGUAAUACAGACACCCCCUGAAGGCCCCAUCCGAGAUCAGCACCCUUCCCCUUGCUCACCAUGUCCCCCACUGGCUUCUGGGCUGCUCUUAGAUCACAGCUGGCAGUUUUUGCCCCGGGGCCUUUGCACUUGCUGUUUCUUUCGCUUGGAAUGCUUUCCCAGGUAAUCAACAUGCCUCAUUCUCUUGCUGAAUUCAUUUCUCUGCACAGCUGUCACUCUGUAAAGAGGCCCUGUUUAGAAUAACGCCAGGCCUCUGUGCCCCUUACACUCCCUGUUGCUUUUACCAGAUUUUCUUUUUCUUUAUUGUGCUAAUCCCUCCUGGCAUGCAUGACACAUUUGAUCAGGUGCCAUGAUCUGACAGUCUUUCUCUGUAGACUGUAAGCUCUAGGAGGGCCAGAACCCUUUCAGAAUGAUCUGCAUCCAUAAUGCUCAGUAGGGGUUUGUUUUGUACAAUAGGCGACUCAGUAAAAUGCUUUUGAACGUGUACAUUUUAGUCUCUGUCCUGGGGAUGGGCUCCUUGGAGCCAUUCAGACUUUCUUCCUUCAGUCAUGGUCCAGGAGGCGGAUGGCCCCUUGCUCCCCAUCCUCAAGUUCCCAGGUCAGGGCAGCUGGGCCACCCACCUGGAGGCCCCUAAGUGAGCAACUCGAUCAACCAUCGCAGUGGACGUUAGCCUGCCCGCAUCUGCUGUGAUUCCAAAUGCCGAGGCGGGCGCCAGGGGCGAGGAAGCGGUUACCAGUUGCCCUGCUCUUGAGGUGCAGAGAAGUCGGUGCUACAGCCUGCGUCCCGGAAGUCAUGCAGCUUUGCCUUUUCCAGAACGUCGUGUGAAUGGGAGCCCCUCCAGCACGCACCUCUUGAGUCUGACUUCUUUCAUCCGGCUUCAUCAUCUCUCGAGUCUGACUUCUUUCAUCCGGCUUCAUGCGUUUGAGAAUUGCUCAUGUUGCUGUGUUUUUCACUUAUCCCUUUUUACUGCUGAGCGUUAAUCUAUCGAAUGGAGAUUUGUCUGUACCUCUCCAGUUGGUACUUAGGUUGUUUCUACACUUGAGUGAUUAUGAGUGAAGCUUCUAAAAACGUGUACAUGUGUUUCAGAUUGUUGAUAUUUGAUCAUUUUUGAUGGACUCACAUGACUGUUUUGCCUCUUUCAACCUAAACUUCAACCUUGCAGCUCUCGAUAGAUAAGAGAGCGUCUGCUGCAGAGGUGGUCGCCAGUUGUUAUUGUCAUCGUCAUAUUCCUCUUGCUGCUCCUGUUGUUUCACUGUUACUAUCGAGGGCGGUGGCCCCUGCAGCUGAAGCUUCGUCUUCCACGUGUCCUCAGUCAGGCAGCCAAAGUCCGCCAAGUCCAUCCUGUGUGACCAGCUUCUUAGGAGUCUGCAGAAUGUGGCCCGUGAGCAGACCUCCCCCCCACCUCUGCCAUGUCUGCGAGAAGCAUCAUCAUCGACCAUGGCUCUGCCUUUCUGAAGGCUGGCUUGUCGGGCUGGAAUGAGCCCCAGCUGGUCUUGCCCAGUGUCGUGAACUACAUCCCCUGCCAGGAGAACCCGGGCCCCAGCUAUGCCCGGCGGCGUGUGAGUCUCGGCAUCGACAUCUGCCGACCCGACACCUUCAGCUAUCCCGUGCAGCGGGGCCGCGUCAUCAACUGGGAGGGUGUGGAGCACAUCUGGUCAUUUAUCCUGCAGAGGCACCGGCUGGAGCAUGAGGACUUGCCUGUGAUCAUCACAGAGAGCCCCCUGAAGGAGCCUGCGGACCGCCAGAAGACCCUGGAGAUCAUGUUCGAGUUGCUGGGUGUGCCGUCCGUCCUCCUGGCCGACCAGCGGGAGAUGUCGCUGUACGCGUCUGGCCUGCUGACGGGCGUGGUGGUGGACUCGGGCUGUGGCCUGACCCGCGUGCAGCCCUUCCACCUGGGCCGCCCGCUGUGGCCCGGGGCGAAGACGCUGGAGUUCGCGGGCCAGGACCUCUCGGCCUAUCUCUUCAAGAGCCUCUUCAAGGAAGCUUACAAUCGCCACAACCUGUUCCAGCUGGACACCGUGGCCAGCACCCAGAUGUAUAAGUGCUACGUGCCACUGAAUCUGGGGGAGGAGCUGGAGUUCUAUCAGAGCCUGCCGCACAGCGCCGACAGGAGCAACAGCUACCAGCUCCCAGACGGCACCCCCGUGGAGCUGACCGCCAUGCAGCGGCUGGCCCCCGAGAUGUUCUUCAGCCCCCAGGUGUUCAACCUGCAGGGGCCCAGCCUCCCCCAGGCCGUCGUGGAGUCCAUCGAGGCCUGUGAGCCCAGCCUGCGCCCGCUGCUCACCUCCCACGUGGUGCCCUGCGGGGGAAACACCCUCUACCCGGGCUUCACCACGCGUCUCUACCAGCUGGUGGCCAGCCAUUUCUCCUCCACCAGGGCCUCCGUGUUUGCGGGUUCCAACAGGCACUUCAGCGUCUGGCUGGGAGCGUCCGUCGUGGCUCACCUGUCGACUUACAAGUCCGAGUGGUUGACCAAGGAGGAGUACAGUGAGCGCUUCAGGAUGUGACCAGCGGCCUGCUCCCGCGGCCCAGCUCCCCUCCGACCGGCGUGGGUGGGCUCAUCCCAGCGAGAGGCUGGGCUGGGGUGGGGUUAGCUGGCUUUGGAAUUCAAAGGUCAUGGGAGAUUUUUCUAGGUUCUAGGGUUUUAUCUUGCUUCAAGAGUGGGAUCCACCCCAUAGGAGGACAGGGUACCACCCUGGAAACCCUUUGGGGGGGCUGGUCUGUCACUGGGAUGGAGCGGCUAGCUGCCAUCUCCACGCUUAACAGUUGCUUGUUUUUUCCUGGCAUUUCUCUUGGCGGUCCCAUUCUUUUGAUUGAGUAGGUUUUAAUGGGGGCAGGCAAGGGAGAAUUAUUUUUGAAUAGGGGAUAGGGUGGGUGGGGAUGGGAGAGUUGAAGUUUGUAGACCUACCCCUCCUUCCAGCUGAGUGGGGGUUGGUGCAGGAAGCCUGGCGCGCCCUUCCUGCCCUUGGGCCCCUGGCCGGGGAUUUGUUUUCCAUGUGCAAAUAAAUACCUUGUUUGGAA